UCAUUCCUUUUGACAGAUUCGACAAAACGACAACAACAACGUCGAAAUAUAUAACACCACUACAAAACAAACGAAUAAUUUUUUUUUAAUAAAUUUUCAUCUCAAUAUUGCUUCAACAUGAACCGUAAUUCCAUUGCCGGCUUAGCUGCAUCUUUGAUGGACUAGAAACUGUGGAACAACCAUUGGCACGUUGUUUAGAAAAAGCUGCUUACAUAAGACUGAUAAUGGAGCGAAUAUCGUACGACUUUUCUUCGUCAGACGAAGACAUGUCAUCUUCCUGUUCCGACGAAACUGCCAAUCGUGGAAACACUACGAACAAAACUGACAAAGAUGAAGAAAGUACCGAUAAAAUACAGAACGUCGUUUAUAAAUUGGUGAACAGAGAGCAAACAGGGGUCUUUUCGAAUCAUCAACGAAUUAAAUCGAAACAGCAAGCCUAUAGCACGGUGCCAAAUAGACUAAGUUUUCGUCUGAAAGACAUUGUUCCUUAUUGCUAUUUAAAAGGACAUGUUUUCAUGGGACUAACGGCUUGUGGGCAAUUCUUACUUAGUUAUAAGGUUACAUUUGAUGCUGAACAAUCGGUUAACACUUACAACUUUUUUGAAACCUACAAAUAUGAAUUAUUCUUCUGGAUAUAUCGCCCACACAAUUUGCUAUCGAAAUACUUCAAUGUUUGUAUAUUCGAUGAUCAUGGGGUGGAUAAUUUAAAAGUCGUAUCCAUAUCCCAGUGGAUGUCAAAUCCGCGAAUAUUAAUCGUACAUGGUGCUGGAGAAUGCGAUAACGAGGACUCCUACAUCAGUGUAGUAUCAGUUCCUAAAUUAGGCUGCUUAGAUUGCAAGAAAAUUCACGAGGAGCUCAAUUCAGAACCGUUGGAAGGUAAGUGCAUCGCUGAUAGGACAUUGAAAUGCCGCAUCAAGACUCAUUCUUAUUAUUGUGUUGCAGGUCGCCAGAUAUACUCGGAAUUAUGCAUCAAGUGUAAUCUAACAGUUCACUCCAAGUACUCACGUUGCGAAUCCGAUCCGAUUUUCGAUCCUAAAAUCAACUUAAAUUGUCCGAUGCGAAUCGUUUUGAUUACCAAUGGGUUAAUUCACAUGCUAAACAUCGAAUUGGAGCUGAACAAACCGAUAAAAAUGUGUUCAAACAGUCUCGACAUAGCGUAUAUCAAUCGGCUGGAUGGAAAUCGAGACGACCAUGGAUCCGAUGAAGGGAUGCCAGCAGUUUCUGUAGAUGCCGACGAAAAGUUAUCGACGAUUCUUCCCGAAAAAUCGAAUGCACUUCCAUCAGCUAAGAACAAACCAGUCGAACCGAAACAAACGGAAAACAUUGUGGCUAGGAUAAUAGCCGAUUUCGCCGAAUGUGAAACGGACUAUCCGACGCAGGGGAAACAUGUGGAAAAAUCACCCAAGGUUCCGAAUAAAUUUUUCGAAGAGUUAGUUAUCACUUGCAGUGGAAAUUCGACCGCGGACCCAGCAACAUCUUCGAAAACCACUGGCAAUCGAGUUCGAUUGUUAAACCAUCGCAACAAUCCGAUCUACACGAAAACCCUAAAUCCGACUAGGAAUGGUAUCACAACGGUCGACUUACAAGGCUCGUCCACAGCAACGGCAACGACUAACAAAGCCAUGGACAAGGCAGCAAAGGCGUAUGAAUUUUCCGAAGACAAUGAAAAAUGUGAGAAAAUCAGUACGUUCCGGAAGCGUCGCUUAGCGGACAAAAAAUAUGAAUUCUCCGAAGAUAAUUCCGAGAAUAUAAUUCCAUUUGCAAAACUUCGGUCAAACCGUCAGAUGACUUUCCGAUCGAAUCCAUAUUCAUCACCAAAUUCACAAAAUACCGGAUUCAUCAGUCCGUCGCACACCAAUUUCGAUAUCGUUCAUACUCAUCGCGCGUCGCCAUCGUGCGGUUUUCGGUCGCCAUGUGGCUCACCAGUCAGCAAUCGCCAUAUAAUGUCACCGCCAGUACGAGCAUCUAGUCUUUACGGGAGAUCGCCCACAUACACUAAAUCAUUUUCAUCGCCGAGACUUCUCGGUCGACGAACCUAUUUCGAUCAGAUGGAUUCACCGUUGCAACUGCUGUCGCCCCGAUCGGAUGAAUUCGAAGUACUGAAAACAAUUCAGCCGAUGAACGGUGUUAAGCAGACAAAUGUUGAUGUAACGAAUUAUGGUUUCAUUAGCGGCAAUGUGGAUAAAUUGGAAUCUGAGAAGCCGUCGUGCUCGAAGAAGCUGGUUCGUCGAUUUGUGGAAGUGGAUGACGCAACGUCGGUGAUAACAAGCGAAGAAGAUGACUGCAUUUCACCUGGUUACCACGCAACUUUACCGGUUGAAGUACACGGAGCGUGCUACUGUGACAUGCAAAUGAUCUCCAAAUCUUCGUAUCAAACGCUGAAAUGUCCGGUGGUUGUUAUUACCCAGCAUACAUUUGAUUUGGAGGCAUUAACUUACCAUAUCACCAACUAUCUCUGUUCGUUGAACAACAAACAGUACGGAUUCUUUUACGAUUGGGCGUUCGAGCCUAUCAAUGUGUGCUCACUAAGUUCCAGUCUAACGUCGAUAAUAAUUGUUCAUUUCACCGCUCGUGAUCUAAUAUCAACCAAUACGAAGGAAUGUAUCAAUUGUACCAGCAAUCAGAACUUGGACUGCGUCUUUCACCGGAAGCAUUUCGAAAGUCGAACAUUGUUCACAUGGAGUAUGGAAAAUGGUGACUGGCAGGUGCUCGACUAUGGUGAACUGAUUGAAGUGUCGCCAACGAUGGCGUACAAACGCAAUUCUAGCGAACUAAACAGUGUUGUGAAAAAAUUGGCUGCUGAUUUAUCGGCUGAUGUAUCUAAACGUGAUAUUUGUUAUAACUUAAGGGUGUUGGAUUCGUGCACCAACAAAUCGAAGGAAAUACUGCGCGAUCAGCAUAAUUCGAUUGAAUUUUAUCGCAAUUCAAAUAAGCCGACGAAUAUGUUUCCGAGCUAUUCCGAUUCGGAUGAGUAAGUUCUGAUAAUCGAAUAGCUGGGACUCUCGCGACUCAUUUUUAGAAAUAUUCGAAUAAAACGAACAUGCUUUCAAGGCGGUUAUCGACAGGGUUAUCGAUCGAUUGUGAGCAACUACAUAAUGUCUGAUGAAUUUGUUUGUUAGCAGAAAAUUCACCAGUUCAUUUGAUAAAAUGUCAGAUACCAGCGGCGUGUAGCAUUUCAAGCAAUGGAUAAUUAAGCAUAGAUUUCCAUGUCGAUUAAUUUAUCCGAAAGUUCAAAGUCACACGAUGAUCGCGAUCCGAUGAAAUUUGAAAGAGUAUUCGUUUUAUUUGAAAGUAAAAUAACUUGGGUGUCCUGCCCCUACGAAAAUUUUUGUGAUUAAUGGAUGCAUUUGUCAACACGAUUAAUUUGUUAUUAAAAUAAAAGGCACAUGAAUUAAACUGGAGUCUUUGACGUAUUU